AUGCUGCUACGGCCUUCACCUGGACGGGCGCGCGCCGUGACGCGCUCGGCAGCGCACACGCGACGACCGCGUCCAUCCACCGCGCUCAACGCGCGCCCCACACCGACAUCCCGCAUCGCGCUCCUCUACAACCCCGCACACAUGCGCGCCGUCUCGCACCGAUGCUACUCGUCAGCCGCCCGUGCUCCCCAACGCAGCACGCUCGCUGUGCUCAAGAAGGUGCUGCUGCGCGCCACCCACGCCCUGCGCACCGGCGCUCUCCGCCACGCCACACGUGUCUGGACUCCGCGCCACGUCUUCGCAGCCAUCAAGAUCGCUGCCCCACACGUACGGUCGUCGCUGCUGCGCGGAGCUGCCGAUGUCUUCCGCGCGACGUCCUCCCAGAACACAGCCCGCGCCGCAUACUCACGCUUCACCUCGCCCUCGGUCGGAUUUGCCCGAGGUGGUCUGUCGGGCAUCGGCGCGCGCCCCGCCGGUGGCCAGCUCGCACUCUCGCCCCUCCGAGGCGGCGUAGGCCUCCAGUCCGCCCGCCAAUUCUCCUCGGGCGGCGCACGCGUGUUCGACAACCUCGUCGUCAACGCCCCGCUUGCUCUCCGCCUCGCUGCGGACGAGAUCGACGACAAAGCCAAACUCGCCCGGCGCCCGCCUGCCACUCCGCGUCGCUUGGGUGCGGCCCCCAACCCGCGCCGCACAGGCACCACUUUCAGCACCGCCAAGCUCGCGCGCAAUGCAGCUGUGUUUGCUGCCACCCCGCGCAGCAUCCCCAGCGCCCCCAGCGCACGCAGCGUGGCCGAGUCCUGCCCCUCGGUGAUGGGAGACGAGGAGCCCGCGGAGAUGGGGAUGUACUUCCGCAUGCCGCCGCCCAACGCCGAGGUGGGGACGGUGGUGCGUAUGCGUCUGAUCGAUCCGCUGUACGACGCACUGGGCGGACGCGAUCCCGCCCCCGGGCUGCAGGGCCGCCUGUUCGACCGUGCGUUUUUGCACGACGCAUGCACCGCGCUGCAGUACGAACACGCGCGCUACAUGCAUGCCAAGGCUCUGCUGCGCGUGCUGUGGACCCAAGAUCUACUGGACGGAGCACGGAUCGAUAUGGAAGAUCCCGCCAUGUGGAUCGUCCACAUUCCCAACGCGUGCCCCGGUGAUGUAAGAAGUGCGAUGGGAGGCGUCGAGUUCGGCUGGACCGCGUGGUGCGAUGUUGAAGGAUGGGGCGAGGGGCUGGACUGGUCGUGUGCGUGGGGGGCAGAGUCGGAGCAUAGCUACACGCAGACGUCGCAAGAGGACGACUUUGAGAUGCUCGACUUGUCGCUGCCCGUGUCGAGUGCGGAGGGUGUCAGCGAGCGUAGUAGUAGCCUGUACGACUCGCGCGCCAGCCUCUAA